AUGGCGGACGCCGUCAACAAGGGCGAAUUCAAGGAGGCGUGGGCGCUCAUCUACACGACCAUCGGUGAACUCGAGUCUGCGGGUGUGGACAUCCCUUUCGACGACAAGAUGUAUCUGCUGAAGGAAGGCGCGCGCUUAGCGCGGCACCUGCAUCUCUUCCAUGAGAGUGCGGAGAUUAACAUGCUCGCCCUCCAAGCAAAGGCAAAGGAAGGCGUGAGCUCGUUCAAGUACCUGACCACGUUCAUGGACUUAGCAGAUGACUACCUCAGCCUCGGCGAUUACAUGCAGGCGCGGGAGUGGGUGACGAUGGCGCGUGACCGGCUGAAGAAAGGCCUGACGGAGGAGGCAUAUCAUCUCAUCGACACGUCUGAGGCCAAGAUCCACAACUGCAUCGGGUGUGUGUGA